UUUGUUGCGACAGAAAUUUUAUAAUGUUUAUCCAAUAUACCGGGCCGGAAUAAUGGAACUGGAGAUAUACUCCACAUAUUGUUCCCCGUCCUUAGCAGCCUAUCAGGCCAUCUCUUCCAGCUACCAUCAUGUCCUCGACAAGUUACUACAUUGGCGUCGAUGUAGGUACUGGAUCUGCUCGUGCAUCGCUUGUCAAGGACGACGGAACUACCGUCGCGUCAUUCACCAAGGAAACCGUUACUUACCGCAACCCGGAGAACCAUCGUAUCUUUGAACAAUCUACGAAUAAUAUCUGGAGCGCAAUAUCCACAUGCAUCAGGACUUGUUUAAAGGAGUCUGGUGUCCCACCAUCCUCUGUGAAAGGCCUUGGAUUUGACGCUACCUGCUCGCUCGCCGUCUCUGACUUCCAGGGUGAACCAGUCACCGUUACAGGAGGUGACCAGCUUGGCCAGAAUGGAGAUCGCAAUGUCAUCCUGUGGGCUGACCACCGUGCGGAGAAGGAAGCGGAUCUAAUCAACAGUACUGGCUCUAUCGUUCUCGAUUACGUCGGCGGGACUAUGAGUCUGGAAAUGGAGAUUCCAAAAGUGCUUUGGCUGAAGAACCAUAUGGAUCCAGCCCUGUUUUCUCGUUGUCAAUUCUUUGACCUUCCCGACUUUCUAACAUACCGUGCAACCGCUGACAGCACACGAUCAUGCUGCUCAGUUACCUGCAAAUGCUCGUUUGUCCCGAACAAGGGCUGGCAGGCAGAUUUCUUCAAGAAGAUCGGGCUACAAGAACUAAUCGAGCGUGACUACAGUCAAAUAGGUGCUGCAAAUAUGAAGGUUCUUACUGCUGGUUUGCCCGUUGGCCAAGGCUUGUCGAAGCGCGCAGCCGAAGAGUUUGGACUUGUGGAGGGAACUCCGGUUGGUAGCGGAGUCAUUGACGCGUAUGCCGGUUGGAUGGGAACAGUCGCUGCAAGGACUAAGGGUAAGGAUGGGCAACUCUCUACGGAUCUUCUGUCGGUCGACGAAUCCAGUCAUCGCCUGGCCGCUGUCGCAGGAACUAGUACAUGCCAUCUUGUUCAGAGCCGUGAAGGUGUAUUCGUUAAUGGCGUAUGGGGUCCCUACAAGGACCCCGUAUUCCGUGGUUGGUGGAUGAAUGAGGGUGGUCAGUCAUCUACAGGACAACUCAUUGACUUCAUGUUGACGACCCACCCUGCUUACAAUAAACUUGUGGAGCUCGGAAAAGAGCAGAAGAAGAACAUUCAUGUCGUUCUUCAGGAGAUGCUUGCGAAGCUCAAGGCAGAGAGCAAAGUAGAUAGUCUAACAGAGCUGACAAAAGACAUCCAUAUAUACCCGGAUCUUCAUGGAAACAGGUCACCUAUCGCUGACCCUCGGAUGAAAGGAUCCAUUGUGGGCAUGGCACUAGAUGAUACCCUACACGACCUCGCGCGAAAGUACAACGUGACCUUGGAAGCCAUCGCUCUCCAAACACGGCACAUCGUCGACGAGAUGAACGCCAAGGGCCACAAGAUCACGUCCAUUUACAUGAGCGGCGGUCAAGCGAAGAAUAUCCCGAUGAUGCAGCUCUUUGCUAAUACCUGCGGAAUGCCGAUAGUAUUGCCUUUUGACCAUGCCGGGGCAGUGGUGUUGGGUGCUGCGAUGCUAGGGAGAUUCGCCGCCGAAGCGAACGGAAAAGGUGAGAUGAGUAGUCAGGAGCAGGGAGAUCUGUUGUGGAAGAUUAUGGUGGAGAUGACGCCUUCAGGGAUGAUGAUUGCCCCAUCAGCAUCGCCCAAGGAGAAGCGGUUGCUUGAGGCAAAGUAUAAGAUUUUCAGGGAGACCAUUUUAAUCCAGAAGCGCUGGAGGCAAGAAAUGGAGGAUGCGUGCAAGUAAUUCUUGGGCGCCUUCCAGAAUAAUAUCUAGAUACAUCUAGGAUCGAUUGUAAUUUUAGAUACCUUACCAUUCGUCUUUUUUUUAGUUUCGCGCACACUCAACAUACGUAUUUCAAAGUGUAUCAGGUGAUAGACCGAUG